AUGCACGAUGUAAUGAAGGGCAUUGAAGAAGUAGGCCGUGUUUUUCUCAUGAAUGGACUAUUCUCGUAUGCUGGAAUAAUGAACAAUAGUAAAUCUGCUCUGUGGAAUGGGCUCUUUACCUAUUCAAUCAGCAAAGGCUACUCUCCAUUUAAAAGCGGCGCAGUGGCAGGGUAUCUAGCAGGCGAUAGCAGCAAAUACGUAACCCGGAGCAUCAGAGGAGGAGUGUCAGGCGUAGGAGUAUCACUAUCCAGCAGAGUAGGACACUACUUAGUAAAUAAAUGGAAACACAAGUAA